AUGGCAGGACUUCCAAGAGAAAUAAUCCUUUGACUCCAAAGUUUAGACUUAAGUUACUCAGUGAAAAAUCCAAAACGUGAUUUUGCAAAUGGUUUCUUAAUCGCAGAAAUUUUCGUAAGAGAUCAGCCUCCUGAAAGGAUUUUUAUGCAUUCAUUUGAUAACGGAACUGAAGAGAGAAGAAGACAAACUAAUUGGGAGCACCUUGACCGCUUUUUUAAAAAAUAUGAUAUACCUAUCACAAAGAAAGAUUGGGAACCAGUUAUGUACUAUGCGCCUAAUGCUGCAAUUGAUCUAAUAAAAAAGGUUUACCAAAUUGUCGCAAAAAAGGAGCUCAUAACUGCUCCAGCUGUAGAGCAACCCAAGCCUCCUCCAUAUGCAAGGCCGACAGCUGCUCAGCUUCUCCGUACAAAUGGACUACAAAGAGUUGAGGAUAAGAAAACCCAAGAAAAACUCGCUUUAGAAGUCUUAAAUCAGCAUAUCGACAAUGUGAGACUAGAAAGAACGGAGCCAGGGAGGCUUGCUUUACCAAAGCAAACAACUUCAGCUGCAGCCAAAACUCUUGAAGCUACAAAGCCAGAACAAAUUGAGCAGAACAUAGAGGUUAGACAAGUCGCUGUUAAAAGCAUGGAUAAAAAUCUUCGUGCAGCAAAAGCACUAGUGUUUAAUAAGCCUGAUCAGUCUGUAGCAAAAACUCAGCAGGACUCCUCAAAGCAGAACACUCAGCAUGAUCUGAAUUUGCUAUUUAAGCCUGUUUUGGAAAUAAUGAGCGAAAUUUUCUUGGAAAUUAUGCAUCAGCCCCAGUUCAAAAGUGUAAGAAUUAUGGAUUUCAGAGAUGUAGAGCACGGAGAAGACCUCACGAGAGAAUUUUAUGCGAAGAUGGAUAAGCUGAAUAUUGAUUUUGUGGUUGGGUGCUUGGAGAAUAUUCAAAGAAGAGCUAGCUCGGUAGCUGACGUUCUGAUUAAGAUGGAGCAAGAAUUCGAGCUUUAUAGUGAACUGAUUUUGAGUGCUAUUGAAAAAAUUAAAGCUGAUGCUCCCUAUUUUAAAUUAUUUAUUGAUAGCUUGAACUCAAUAGCUGAAACCAUGUCUUCUAUAGAUGAAGGCGUAACUGAAGAACUUUUUAAUGAUUUCUUGAUUACUCCUUUAGCAAAACUGUCUCUGAAAAACCCUCAUAAAUCAGUUGUUCUGGUCAACUUAUUAAACAGCUUUUCCAAAAAAAGCCCAGCCAUUAGAUAUCGCUAUUUGUGCAGACUGAUGGAUAUACUGCCAAAUUAUGCAGAAUUAGUCAAAAUUAUUGCUCCACUGGUGAAGUUUGACAAAGAAUACUAUGAAGAGCUUCAUACAUAUUAUAAGCAUUAUGCAAUUUUAGCAUUAUCACACUCUUCUCCUGUAGUAAGGACUGCUGGGAUAGCUAUUUUAGGCUCAAUUGGGGACUUGAAUCCUGAAAUGAUACUAGAAGAAGUCCAUCAAGUUGAAAGACUCGGCAAUGAUACAUGGUGGGAGGUAAAAGCACAAAUUUUACGACUCUCUGGAAUUAUGCUUCCUCUAAUCCCAAGAGAAAAAACAGAAACUCUAUAUAGUCUUAUCACCUCAAUAUUUGUCCCAUCAGCUAGUAAAAAUAUUAUCAGAAUAGGCUUAAUCUAUCUAGCUCCUGUGCUGCAUACAUUUCCAGAGCUUUGUGAGAUAUACGUUGAAUGCUUAUUGUCUCUUUCAAGUGAAGAAAGAGGGAAAAUUCUAGAUACUGAACAAGUUGUUAGAGGCAGCUGUGUGUUUGGAAGCAGCACACAAAGCUAUAAGCUCUCUGGAGUUCCUUUAAGCUGGAAUGCUUUAGGGAUUGCAUCAAGCUUAGCUAAAUCAGUUAUAUAUAGAAAUUUAGACAACUUGGAAUAUGCACAUGUAGAUGUUCUUUGGGCUUGCUUAUACAAGCCACCAAAUCAACAUGAAUGGAUUAACGUAUUUGACCAGCUGAAAAAUUAUAUAUAUGUUGGCUUAUGUGACCCAGAUAUAAGUGAAGGAGUCAUAGCUAUUGCAAAGCACUUCUUAACAGCCCCAGGGAUUAUGACAGAAAUCAUUAAACGAUCCAAAGAUACCUUAAUAAGGAGCUUAAAUCUCCUGUUAACCACUGAUGUGGAUAGGAAGUGUGUAGCUCAAGGAUAUGGGUUUAUAAAAUCAUUGUACUGGGAAUAUGAGCUGCCAGAGCUACAGGAAUUUGUAUUUGUAGUGCUCAAAACUUUUGCUGAGAAGUACCCAGUGAUUUUUGAGCGAUCUGAGCUAUUAGAAAUUAUCAACGAAAUAAUCAGACAUAGAAGAGGUGAUAUUUUUGGCGAAGAUAAAGGGGAAAUUGGCGCAUCUUCUAAGAAAGGCUCAGAAAAAGAGAUUAAAUAA